AUGGGAAGGAAAUUAGAUGCUUUACUUGGAAAGGGCUUCAAAACAUCAAAAUUCAAAGCCACUUUGAACCUCGCCUUAUCCCGCCUUUCCGUGCUCAAGAACCAGCGCCAUGCUCGCUGCUCGGUAGCCCGCUCAGAUGUAGUGGAGUUCCUUAAUCUUGGCCACCAUGAUAGAGCCCUUCUAAGGGUUGAGCAAGUGAUAAAGGAGCAAAAUAUGUUGGAUGUUUUUACUGUUAUGGAGGGCUAUUGCAAUCUGUUGAUAGAGAGAAUUAACCUCAUAGAGCAAGAAAAAGUGUGUCCUGAUGAAUUGAAGGAAGCUGCAUCAAGCUUGAUUUAUGCCACUACAAGAUGUGGGGAAUUCCCGGAACUUCAUGAGCUUCGUGCGAUUUUCAUAUCACGAUAUGGGAAAGAGUUUGCAGCUCGCGCUGCUGAAUUGCGUAACAAUUGUGGAGUUAAUCUUCAGAUUAUACAGAAGCUUUCAACUAGAAUGCCAAGCUUGGAGAGCAAAAUGAAGGUUGUUAAGGAGAUUGCUUCAGAGUAUAACAUUGUUCUUCAAAUUGAGGAGACUCCAUCAGCCGCUAGAGUGGAAAUUCCGGAUUCAGAGCACAAAAGCCCGUCCACCCCGUCAGGAGUUUCUACUCCAGGAGAAAAUAGGGUCGUACUGCCUGAAGAUAUAGAAAGGGUCCAAGAUUUCUCAGAUUCAGUAAAAAUGAGGAAGAAAUACAGGGAUGUGGCUCAUGCAGCCCAAGCAGCUUUUGAGUCAGCAGCUUAUGCUGCAGAAGCUGCAAGAGCAGCAGUUGAACUGUCUCGAUCUGAAUCAACAGAUCCCGAUGACCCGAGUAGUCCAAACCUCCGACCGAGGAAAGUAUCAGCUAAGCUUGAAUUUGCGAAAUCUAAACUUCAAACCGAUGAGGAUACACAAGUUGAACUGAAAUACGAGAAAAUCCAUUCAGUUCAGAACUACGAUUUGGAAAAUCAAGAUGGAAGUUUACGUAUGGAGCAGUUUAAGCAGAGGGAGAACGGAACACAGUACAGCAGAUCACCAUCUGAUUCUAGUUUGGAUUCGAUAGAUGACAAUGUGAAGGAAACUAACAUGUCGUCUGAUGAAAAGAUGCAGACACAGACAUUGGAGAGGGAGAUAGUUUUUGAUAAAAGUGAUGAUGAAAAUGAACAUGAAAGAUUAUCGAAGGCUUAUAACUUCGAUUCCAUCAUUCGAGACAAGAUACCAGAAGGGAGCAGCAGAGAUCCUCAAUAUUCUCAAACUCGACUGGAAAUGGAAAUGGAGUCGAGGCCUGAAGAUUCUCGGGUAAACUUUGCUGAUGAAAUAAGGGGGCAGGGUGUAGAACAUUUGACUAUUAAAAAGAGUCCGAUUUCUGUGAGGACCAGACGCACAUAUGGCCGGUGA